GUCUUUUAUAUUUCGUCAUUUGGAUAUUUUUCUUUCACGAAGUUGGACAUUGUGAAUUAAUAAUACGACUUUUGCAUAAAAAUAAGUUACUUGAGAGUUUUGUUGCUUUGUAAUUUAUAAUAACCUAAAGUCCCAGAUACUAAAAUCAAAGUGACACAAAUAUAAGUUAUUCUCUUUAUUUUUGAUAGUAGUUAACUGAAAGGGUUUCCCCUUUAAGUUCGGUGGACUAAUUUGGAGCCUAUCAUGAGCAGCGCGAAUAUCAACAUAUCCAACAAAGUUGUUAACUACGAGCUCUGUCUAUGCGUAAACCAUUUGUUGCAAAAUAGCGUUGUUUUGCGACAUAGAAUUAAUUUUAUGAGAAAGUAUAAGAUUAAGAAGUUUAAGACAGUGAUUACAAGAAGACAUACAAUGACAAUGUGGCCUACAACAGGGAAAAUUAAUCCCCAGGGAGCCUAAGUGAUAAGAUUUCUUUAGGAGCUCAGGAAGAGUUCGAAAAAUUCUAUUCAAAAUGGUUGCUCAAAAGAUCACCUGUCCGAGUCGAGACGGCGGAAUCGAUAUCGGAAAUCAAUACAAUACAAACACCAAAAGACAUGGUUUUUUCGCAAACGAGUCACAAAACUCGAAGUCUUUUGAAAGUGGUAGAAAUAGAUCGUUUAAAGCCAGAAAAGAGUCAGCAGGUGAACGGCCUGACCGGCGGAGUGAUUACCGGCGAGAACCCAGGAAUAAUGCCAUCGUCACCACUGCCCACCAGCUUGUCAGAGGAAUAUUUGAAACCGGAGCCGCUAUUCGAGAGCACAAUGUUUCCGGAACCGGAUUACGAGUUCUUCCAAGAUCUGGAUUGGUCCUCCGCUCAAGGCAGGGACGAACCAGCACGGACCAUUGAUAUGCCGAUUAAGAAAAAUGAAGAAAGGGCUAACACGUAUGACACAACGAACACACCGUUCUCAUCGACAGGUUGGGAAGCCACAUCCCCACCUGCCUAUACAAGUUUCUAUGGUACAACUACACCUUACGACUCGCUCUCACCGACUGCGGUGGACGGGUUCGCAAAGUUUGAUGAAUUCUUGAACGCUCGAGAAUUCAAUAAACCAGAUACAUCCGAACAGACAUUUAAUAUUAGCGAUUUGCCAGUUGUGAUAGACGAGGGUGUAGAGGGUUGUGGGGUAGAAAACAUAUGGCCAGUAACGAAUAAUUUCGUUUGGCCUUACACACACACAACACCAUACACUAAACUUUCUAACACGACACAAAACAUGCCCUUUAUUCCAUUAGAAGAUUCACUAAAUCAAGAUGAUAUUAAAUUUAUGCCAGUUAUGCCGAGAGAGGUGGAGAACAGUAACUUGGUACUGUCAGAAUAUUCACCGGAACGUCAUUUCAAAGGGGAGGACUUACAAGAAAUUGGAGGAAGAAGUCAUUCUCUAGGACUAUCCGUGGACGUCACGGCGGCGCGGGAGUCCCAGGGCCCGAACAUCAGUACACCCGAUGUCGUCAACUGUGUAGUUCAAAUGGAGAGACAGGAUACUCUACCUUUGGACCAGAAACACACAAGCGGAUGGCCACCAGAAUUCGAUUUCGAAUCCAAUGACAUCUAUGUGAAGCCGACGACCUUGUCGCCGGUGGUAACGAAUCCUCCCACACCUGCUGAAGAAUCUCAAGCCGAAUCCGACACGGACUACCUUCCUCCGCGUCGAGCGUUUAAACGAAGACAUGCCAGCGAAGAUUCGGACGAGACAUACACACCAACAACAACAACACCACGCAGGGAAAAAGAUAAGAAAAGAAAGAAGCCAGACCUGAAAAUCAAGGCCAUAAUGGACGCACUUGAGAAGACAAAAGCACGAAGAGGGCGACCGCCAAAUCGACGCACAAGCAUCGUCUCUUCCACAGGCAGCGUUGACGACAAUGCCUCAAAUGUAUCAACACAAGAGGUGAAAUAUAGAGAAUUAAGAGACAAAAAUAAUGAAGCAUCCAAAAGAUCUAGAAUGAACAGGAAACUCAAAGAAUUACAGAUGGAACAAUUAGCAGAUGAAUUGGAAGAACAGAAUAAAAAAUUGAAAGUUAGAGCUAAUAUACUAGAAGAAAUGACAGUGAAACUAAAAAAUGCCUUAAUGGCAGCUAUGACGCAAAAAUGAGGGUUAGUUAAUUUGUUUUGAGUUCCUGAAGUCAGCGCUUUGCGUCUCCUAUUUGUUGUAGAUCUUAAUUCAUGCUCCGCAUUAAUUUGUGUUUAUAUUACUAGCGGUUUUGCAUGAAUAAAUUGUUUUUGUUAAUUCUAACUAUGGAUGUUUUUAUUAUUUUGAAUACACGGAUUUGACGAAUUACUAUUAAAUCGUUAUAAAUGUUAUUGUAAGAUAUAUUUGAUCUAGAUUAAGCUGUUCUUGCAUUCGCAGUUUUAUUUUAUAUUGAUGUGACAUUAAAACUUAUUGAUUAAAUUAAAUGAAAUCGUGUCUUGAUUUAUGUAAUAAUCAAAUUUGUAGUGUUUAAAAUUAACUUAGAAUGUAUCCUUGUGUGCAAUGGCGUUUAUUAUAAUUUGUUGCUUGAUGCGUAGAAUGCAUCAUUUACGCUAUUGCAUAGUAAAACAAAAAAAAAAACAAAGUAUCUUGUAAGAUAAAUUGUAGGUCAUCUUGGUUUAUAUAAUGCAUGGUAAUUAAAAAUUUUUGAUUACUUUCUAACUAUAAAAAUAAACAUACGAGUUUCAGA